AUGUAUACAUCUUUUUCAGAGAAUGUUUCUGAAUUGUUAUCAAUAAUUGGAGCUCAUGCAAAUGUUAAACGAGUGAACAAAGCUAACAUGAUGAAAAAAGCUGAAGUGUAUGGUUGGCUUGGAGCUGGUGAUAUUCAAUCCGUAUUCAAAUAUUGUAGUAAGAUCGUUUUGAAAGAUGAUUUUAUUCAAUUGAAUAAAUAUCCUAAAGGUGAAAUUUCUACGGCAAUUAUCAAUAUUAUUUCUGAAUUCCCAGAUAUAAUACAAACUUCAGCGAUAGAAACACAAAAGCAAUCAGUGGUUGAUAAGGAAAAUCUGUUUAUCGAAGCUGCUUUCGCUCAAAAUUUCAUAUUUACGAAAGAGGGAACAUCACGAGACAUUACUAGUGACCAGUCCUUAUUGUAUACUAAUGAACCAACGAAUUUGUUCUCCUUUGUGCGUCAUGAUGAUAAUAUUAUUCUUUUUACUGAUUCUGAAUGCUUCGAUGCUACACGAUAUUUCGUCCAGAAAAUUUGGCAGUGGGUCGAUGGGGAAACUUUUGUUGACUUUAAACCCUUGCUGUGUGAUGAAAAUUUCGAGAACAGCGCUGGACGACUUUUUGCAAUUUUGCCCGACAAAAAAUUGAAGAUCAUGGCAGAACUUACAACACUAAAGCGCGAAUAUACAGCGAAAUUCGGAAACUACGACGCUGACAAGUCAUUAUCUACUGCUGAUUGGGACGAAAUUAGUACACUCAAUGCUAGCAUCUCGGAAGCUGAAUCGUUUGAACUAGUAGUGGAUGAAGAAAACAAAAAACAGGAUGUAAGUUCUACCAGUGUUCUUAAUUUGAGCACGGUGAUAUCGGAGGAACGAUUUGCUCUUUUGCAGGAGAUCAAGAAUAAGGAAAAAGAAUUAAGAAAUGAGCAGGAAAAAUUCAAAUAUUCUUUAAUACCUCAAGAGAAUAUCGCAGAAGCAAGAGCUCGAUUUCGUGAAAUGCUGACAAAAGACGUUGAAAGUACAACAGCAUCAACUGCAAAAAAGUUGUUUACGGUUCUGAAGGACAGCAGAAAAGGCAACACGUAG